GGGCAUGGUCAUUAGGGCUGACCAGUGUGGGCCCCGGCAUAUAAGAAGGGCCGUAUGGCACCAGAGAAACCAUAUCACUCAGAGGUCGCCCCCUUACCGAUCUCCUAAAUCUAGACAAAUCUAACCAAUCAUGGAUGUAUUCUCUACAUCCCAGAUCUUCUACGACAGCACCUGCGCCUCGUCGCCUGAAGCUUUGGAGUUCGGCCCUGGAGGGGAACUGGUGGGGUCUGAAGAAGACGAGCACGUCAGGGCCCCUGGGGCCCCACACCAGCCCGGUCACUGUCUGCAAUGGGCCUGCAAAGCUUGUAAACGCAAAUCCAGCACAGUGGACCGCCGGAGAGCUGCCACUAUGAGGGAGCGCCGCAGGCUGAAGAAGGUGAACCAUGCGUUUGAGGCACUACGCCGCUGCACCUCGGCGAACCCCAGUCAGCGUCUUCCCAAGGUGGAGAUCCUGAGGAACGCCAUCCAGUACAUCGAAAGCCUUCAGGAUCUCCUCAGGGAACAAGUGGAGAACUACUACAGCCUGCCAAUGGAAAGCAGCUCUGAGCCCGCCAGCCCCUCCUCAAGCUGCUCUGAAAGCAUGAUUGACUGCAACAGUCCUGUAUGGCCUCAGAUGAAUCCAAACUUUGGGAAUAACUACAAUUUUGAAGCACAAAAUGCUAGCGCAGUGGACAGAACUCCAGGAGCGUCCAGUUUGCAGUGUUUGUCCAGCAUCGUGGACAGGCUGUCCUCUGUAGAUACGGGAGUUGCAGUGGGAAUGAGGAACAUGGUUGCUCUCUCUCCGACUGGAAGUGACUCCCAGUGCAGUUCUCCAGACAGUCCCACCAACAGACCAGUCUACCACGUCCUGUGAGAGGGAGCGAGACACUCCAGUCUGGUUAUCUGCUUCCACAGAACGCUCUGCAGAAUCCUGUCAUUUACAUUGCAUGUUCAUUUAUGAAUUAUUUUGGAUAAUUUGAUAAUGCAUUCAGAUAACAAUAAGAAUGUAGUAAUUGCAAACCUCCAUUCAGCGCAAAGACAAAGAUUUGCCUCAAAAUCAUGGUUAAAUGCAAAACAAAUCUUUACAAUCUGUGUGGGCCUGGUUAUAAUUUGGUUUAUGUGCUCAUGCUUUAUGUGGUCAUGGCUUAAAAAAGCCAUACUAUCCAUAAAAAAUACGUCAAUAGACAGCGGAUCUUUUUACCAUUUUGACUGACUGUACGGCUGACCUACGUUGAAACUGGUUUUAUUUAUCAAUAAUAAUCGCUAAAUGCUGUUUUAAAUAUUAGCCUACUCAAUGUUAUCCAUGACCGACCAUUCUCUGUGUUGUAAAUAAGAUUGUACAUAAUUUAAAUGACUGUUAUUGUAUUCAUGUAAUGUUGUUUCUGUCAUAUUUAAUGAACAUUCUUGCAUAAAAUUACUUUUUUUUCACAAUAAUAAAUUUCACAAAAAUUGUAUUUAAUAAUACCAUUUGUCACUAUUUGACUUGGAA